AUGGAAGAAAUAAGCCGAGAAGAAAAUUGCAAAGAAGAAAUAUUUAUUACGGAAGACGAAGAUGCAGACGAUGAGCAGAAAUUGGUGAUCUAUGAAGACAAACACACUGACUCACCCAUCUCAUCAGCUGACGAAGAUGGUAUGCAUGUUUCGCCGCCAGAUUCACAUAAGGUUGUAAGAAGUGAUGAUGAGAAAGGUAUUUUCGAUGUGCAGCCACCUCGAAAAGAAAAUGCAUGCAAAAAUACCACAAAUAUCACGUUUUCCUGGCAAGAAUAUCUGAAGCAAACCGAAGCCGUUGCAGCAUCGGAAGAUUGCUUUUAUCAAGAUCCUGUACCACCUGAAAAUAAAUUCACUGUUGGCAAGAAGGUAGAAGUGCCAGAUCCGAGAGGUAAAGAGGUGCAGUGUUUAGCGACAAUCGUUGCGGUUCAUUCGCUUUGGGUAUGUCUUCGACUUGAUGGUGAAGAUGGAAGUAAUGACCACUGGCUUAUAUGUGAUGACGAACGAAUCAAACCUGUUGGAGAUUGCGAAAGGAAUGACUUGCUUUUGCAGCCUCCAUUUGGUUUCAUGUAUAACUUAGCUUCAUUUCACAAAUUCAUCGAAAAUCAAUUAAAACCUGCAGCAGACGGUAGCAUUCCAGUAGCACCUUCAGAGUCUUUUAAACCGAUUCCAUUCAAAUAUCAUCCAAGGAAAAAUAGAUUCCAAGUGGGUAUGAAAUGUGAAGCGAUUGAUCGCAAAAAUUUCAAUGGUCGCCCAUGUCCUGCAACUGUGGUUGAUAUAAAAGGCGAUUAUUUAACAAUCAGUUAUGAUGGCUGGAACAAAGCUUAUGAUAGUAAGGAACGUUAUGACAGUCGCUUUAUUUUCCCAGUUGGAUGGGCAGCUAAAUGUGGUCUUGAACUGCAACCACCGAAUCAUGUAAAAGGAAAAGUUUUGCAACGAGUGGUACAAAAAGAAACGUUGCCAAAAGCUCCGAAAAUCGCUACUUUAAAGAAAUCGAAAAUAUGCAAAAAGAAAUCAGCCGAUACCAAAAACGGUUCUCAACGAAAACAAAAUUGCAAGCGGAAGCGAACCUCUCCAAUUCCCGAUUCUCAUCGUAAUCCUUCAGAUGGUUCUUGUUCAUCUCAUUUACUUGAUAUAAUUGAUCAGAUCGCUAAACAAACACAUACAGUGGAAACAAGUUCCGCAAGUAGUACGUCGAACCAGCAAAUAAUGACCGGUGCAGCAGAUACAGUUGCGAUUCUAAAUGAUCGUAUUGAACCUCGUGCACGAAAAACGGUAUCAUCACCGCUUCUUCCUGGAGGCCCAGUCAUCAGGCAGUCUCGGAAGGUAGUUUCCUCUCCAGAUGGCGUACAAAAUGCGCUUGCUAUUCCAGACAUCGUUCUGUCAACGACUGAUGUACAACCAGUUCAUAAAAUGACUGUUUAUUUAAAUCGAGGUUGUCGAUGUGCACCCACUCUUAACGCUUCACUUGUUCGUAAACUGCCGGAGAAAUUUGGACCUGGCACUUUGCAUCAUAUUUUAAGAGAAACAAUGCAGCAAAUUGUAAAUUGCGCUGUUGAUCCUUCUUUUGUGUUGGAAAAAGUCGAUCCUGGAACCCUAAGAAUUUUAUCUAUUACUGCUGAAAUCCAUGAAGUAACACACGUACGCGCUAUACCAGCAUUAAAGACUCUUGCCUCUGCAUGGGAUUACUUGCAUGCAUUUAUUUCAAAAUUAAAUGUGUGUCGCAACUUUUUAACAGAGGAACCAAUCUGUUGUUCAUUAUGUUCUUGCCACAAUGAUGAUGGAGUUGUGAGUACUACUGCAGGCGGUGGUGCGUUGAAGUACGGUGCCGAGAGUGAUGAUUCGGAAGACUGCGAAGGUUGGCUAGUUUUCAUACUACAUCAACAGAUUUUCGAAGCGAAAUUCUGUUAUCAUUCCAUGUGCUUGGUUCCUAAUGUCUGUCAUCAGUACAUGGAUUUGGCAGAGUGGUCCACGCAGCGUGUUGCAAAUGAAGUAGAAAAUAUGUUUGAUGCAAGUAUUGCAGAAAAAUUUUCACAAAAUCAAAUUGAUGGAAAAGCUUUAAUUUUGCUGACAACUGAGCUAUUGAUACGGCAUUUGGAAAUGCCGUUUGGUCCGGCUUUAAAGAUGAUGUCAUACAUUGAAUCGUUGAAGCGCAGAGCAUGGCAGAUUACUUCUCACAGUACAAAAUAA